UUUUCAAAAAAAAAACUCAUACAAGUGGUGUGAUCAUUUAAGUAAAAAAAUAAAGGAUACUAAUUUUAAAUAAAAAAAUUAAAUCGUCUUUCUAAAGCUUGCUUAGAAAAGUAUGUAUUGUCGCGUAAGAACAGAUUUUUUUUUGUUUUUAGAAAACAUGAAUAUUGCACGCGAGAUUGUACAACUUGUUCGCGUUAAGUAUUACCAUUAAUAUUCAGAAAAGAAACGGGUUUUUUUCGGUUAAAGGUUAAAGUUGAACUUAUAUUUAUAAAAAUUAGCCCGACGUGCCAAUUUUUUUUCCAUAGUUGUCUCCACAUGUUUUACAUUGAAUAAUUGUGACGAAAAAAAAUAAUCUUUACAUAAGGAAAUAAAAGACGUCGAUUUGUAACGCUGUAAUUUGUCACUCACAUUACGCAUAGCUUUUCCAAGGUCUUUUUUGUGUGUCCCAAAUCGACAAUUUCUUCAAGGCCAAGUCAUUGAAACUUUUUUUGACACCAAUAGAGUAUUGACGAACUUAAAAGGUUAUUGUUUCAAGUGAAAAACCAAUUUUUCGAAAAGCUGCUUUUUUUAAUAGUGAUUAGCGUUAAGGGUUAGAAUACGUUAGAGCAGAUCUUUAUGUAAGGCUAACCAGAUUUUUUUUUAUUGAAAACUUGUGCAACAAUUAGUUUAAUCCAUAUUUGUGAGUUUUUGUGUAACUGCAUAAAAAGCCGUAUGAUUUGCGUGUCUUCUUGAACUGUUCAAUCCUUUCAUACUAAUAUUUAAUACGACUGUAAUCAUUGUUUUAUUAAAAGGUCAAACAGAACUUCUUUCUCUAUGAUUUCCGUUCUCUUCUUCGCUGUGCUUUUAAACCCUUGAAAGCAGAGGCUGGUGUGGUUGAGUUUUCAACAAAUCUCCUCCUUAUUGUAACGAAUGAGAAGUUUACAAAAGAUACGAGCCUUUAACUUAAUCUCAUGAAUUUGAUUUCCAGUUGACAUUAUAGUUUUUAAGUUACUUUAAAAUGAUUGGUACAAACGUCGAUCGCGAAGAAUUUCCAGCGUGUGACUAUAUAAAGGAAGAAGCCGAACUAAAAGAUUCGAUUAAAUCUUUUUCUUUUAAUACAACAAAGGAUUCAGUAUCCUCUGAGCAUGAUACAGUCACCGCUUUACUACUGUCGACGUUAAGGAUGAUAGCCGACUCUCCUAUGCAAUCAUCGACUGAUGCAGAUAAUGCCUUGUCCUGUACAACAAGAACAACAUCGUCGGGUAAUACGUUUGAUCAGGACGCUUUUUCACAUGUUCCUUCAAUCAAUUUAAAUACAUCACUUUCCUCUUUAAGUGUCUCCGAUUGGUAUCGGUAUCAUGAGGAUGCGAACUAUUCAAAAUCAGUAAUAGAUUGCGGUUAUAUGAAUUCAACCGAUUGGAAUUUUCAUGAUAAACUAUCCACCCGUUCAAAUACUUUAUGUUUACAAGACAAUUCCAAUUCUUUGUGUAACGAUGAUAUCAAAACAACCAAAUGGUGGAAUCACAUGAAUCAGUUAGCUUGUAUAACUCCAAAUUUAGCUAAAACAUGGGAUUACAAUUUGAAUGAAACAGUACAACAUGAAUUCUUCGACUUUCAUUCAACAUUCCAAUCAACGUUAGAAAUAGAACCGAAUUCAAGAUGGGUUCAUGAUAGCUUUAUGGAAACAUCUGAACUGAACUCAGUGUCUUUGUAUUGUUCACAGUACGAUAAACUUGAAGAGAAUCAAAGUUGUUUACUGGAAAAAAGGGAAGUCAGCGAAUCCCAAGAAAAAAAUUUGCGUCUCUGUCAACAACGUAGCACUGGUUGUGUUGAUUCUAUAAAGUGUCAAGAUGUGUCACCGGCAGCAAAAAAACAAGAGCAAUUUAGUGGUUCUAAUCGAAUCAAACGUUUUAAAAAAUAUUUGGAUACCAAUUCCUACAAUAUUCAUUUAAAAUUUAAUCGCCCUGGCAACGGUCCAACAUAUUGGGGAAUGUGGGAAGAUGAACGUAACCGUAUGGUAUAUGUUUCCUGGUUACCUCGAGCUGCGCGUGCUCAAUAUCGAACAGAAAAAAAACAAUGUGAAGUGAACUUAAAACAUUUCAUUUCUAAUGUUCUUGGGUUCUCCGGUCUGUUAAAAGUUUUACUUUUUCCUCCAUCUUCUGCACAUUGCAAAUUGCUUUUUACAAGUGAAGCGAAAGCCCGUUGCUUUUUAAAAACAUUUGGAAGUAUAAAUGACACAAAGGGUGCUGCAUUAUGGAAAUCCCUAAUUUGUCAGUAUUUUCAAGUGAGUAUACGGUACGGAAUUCACUCAACGCAUGUGCGAAUUAUCUGGGCUGAUCAAACUAAAACGGACUCGGAACUUUUAGCGGAAAAUCCGACGACAUGAAUAACAAUGUCCUAGUAGGGUAUUGGUUGCAGGAAGAAGAAAA